AUGGCGGGCGCGGGGCGGCUGGAAGAGCUGGAGCUCAGCGCCGAGGAGGCGGAGCGGCUCCACCGGGCCUUCCGCGACAAGCAGUUCCAGGCGCUCUUCGCCGACUACGCGGCGGAGCUGGCCGACCCGGAGCAACGUCGGCUGUACGAGGAAGAGGUGGCGGCCCUGGAGAGGGAACGCGGCGUGGAGGUGCGCUUCGUCCACCCCUCGGCGGGCUACGUGCUGCGCACCAGCCAGGCCGGCUCCCGCCGCUGCUACCUCAACAUCUGCAGCAACCCGCAGGUCGGCCCGCCGCAGGCCCGCGCCGAGCCCGGUGGCCACCGCUGGACCCUACCCUACAGCCUGGCGCCGGGCCGCGAAGAGUUGGGCCGCGGCGGCCACCGCCGCCUAGUCUACGACGUAGUUUUCCACCCGGCGGCCCUCCGCCUGGCCGCCCGCAACGCCCGCUUCCGCCGCCUGCUCAGCGACACGGCGCUGGAGGCCGUGGAGCGCCAUUGCGCCGUGCAGCUCGACCGCGCCAACGCCGCCGUCCUCCGCGGCACCAAGUACAAGGGCGUCCCGCAGGCGCCCGUCAUCCGCACCCCGCUGCCCGGCGCCGCUCCGCCGCCCGCCGACGGCGACUCACCGCUGCCGCCCUUCCCCUUCCCGCCCGCCGCCCCGCCGCCCGCCGCUCCCCCCGCCUCGUCGGCCCGGCCCCCCGGCCCCACCACGCCGCGCUGGAGCAUCCGCCACCGCUCCUACGUGGACCUGCAAGACUACCGGUGCUGCCGCGAUUCGGCGCCUAGCCCGGUGCCGCGGGAGCUGGUGGUGACGGUGGAGCUGCCGCUGCUGAGCUCCGCCGCCCAAGCCGCCCUGGAGAUCCGCGGCCGGGAGCUGCGCCUCGACUCGCAGCGUCCCGCCUACCGCCUGCGCCUCCGCCUCCCCUACGACGUGGACGAGAACCGCGGGCGGGCCGCCUUCAACAAGGCCCAGCGGCAGCUCUUGGUCACGCUGCCCGUGGUGCCGCGGCCCGGCCCGCAGGAACCACUAGGCCCGGGCGGGGAGCGGCUGGAGGAGGCCGAACCCGCUGCGGAGGGGCUCGGCGAGGCGCCGGAGGCUGAGGCGGGCGGCGGGGCCGCUCCUCCCCCGGGUCCCGAGGGCGGCGGCGGCGGGGAGCCCGCCGAGCCACCCGCGGGCAGCGACCCGCCGCCGCCCCGCUCCGGCGCCGCUUCCCCCGCUCCGAGCGCCAGCCCCGAGCCGGCCGCGCUCUGCGGCCUCGGCGAGGGUCUCCCUCCGUGCCCUCUCGAGAGCCCGGUCCCGCCGGCGGCAGAGAGCAGCCCCGGUGAGAUGGCUCUUUCCCGGGGCUCUGGCAGCCCCGAGGCCGCCGUGUGCCCUCCCUUCCACUGCCGGCAGGAUGAGGCCUCCCUCACCCUGCUCCUGCAUGUGCCCGGCAUCCAGCCCCAGAGCCUCAGCGGGGAUGUGGGCACGAACCACUACAGCCUCCGCUUCUCCAGUGACACUGGUGCCUAUGCCCUCUUCUUACAGUUUCCUCCUGCAAACAGGCUGGUGUCCCCUGAGACCAGCAUUAGCGUGUCUGCCCACAACGCUGCCGUCGGGCUUGCCAAGGCCCCUGGCAGCACCGGGCCCUGGGAGAAGUUCUGCUUCGGCCUUGACGCCUCAGCUCUGCAGGAAAGAUUGUUUGUCAGUGAAGAAAAUGUCGUUGGAUUUCUAGGCACUGUUUUACGCCCUCCCUUUUGCUCCCAAUCAGCACUGGAAAGUCAGCCAUUAAUUGAAGUGCUUGAUGUUACUGAGGACAGAAUUCAAAUCCAGUUGAAGCCACAGGAAGCAGUCCAUUUUGAACAUGAUGGAAAAGAAGAAACGCUUAGCAGCUCAGGAGGAGAUCUCACUGAAAAGACAAAUGGCAACUACCCCCAAACAAAUGCAGAAACAAACUGUACUGCAGCUGACACAGCCGAAGGAGAACGUGCUGCAAAAACCAACAAAACUUCCACGUCUUUUGCAACAGCUGAAACAAUAGGAAAAGUAGGUUGUAGUUCACACCAUUGUUCGCAGCAUGAACCUUCUGACACCAAUUCAGCGAUUCCUGGCGUAUCUAGGAGAAAAGAACCAGAUUUAGAAAGUGCCGUCACAGUAAGUGAAACGGCCGUGGCCACAGACUCUGGAAAACAAGUAAGCCUUCUGUUGGAGGGGCAGGCGAAAGCGGAAGGGGAUGAAGCUGCUGCGCCCGCAGGGUCAGCACAAGGGAACCAGCGCAGCCCGGACAGCAGGCCAGCCUCCCCGCUCCUGCAAGAAGUCAACACGCAGGAUGGGAGCGUGCAGAUCAUUAGGGAUCACGUAACACACUGCCCGGUCGUCUUUCAGAAUUCUUUGCUGUAUGAAUUGGACUAGUUUAAUUAUUUUAGGAUUUCCUUCUGUUGUUUGAUGCUUACCACGACUUCCACAUGCUGGUUUAUGACUUCAGGGCUAAGAGUAGAACACAGGUUCCUACUGAAACUGUUUUGUUUACAUGUCAAGACAGAAUACUUACAUUGUUAAUAAUUUUUGAAGUUAAUAGGUCUGAGUUUUCUAAUCAUAUGUAUGGGCUGAAAUAGUUUUACGUACAAGAAAGAUGCAGUUGAAGGUAAAUCUGAGCUCCUGGAGGAAAAUUGUUUACAUAACUUAGUCUCUUGCUACAUUACAGGGAGUAUUUGUAUAUAUCCUCCUUCUAAUGGCUCCUUCAGGAAUUGCUGUGUUUAGUCCACCUAGAAAUGAGCAGUAUUCAUCAUUUUUCAAACCUUUCAUUUUGUGACAACUGCAGGAUUAGACUUAGAGUGAUUUUCAGCAAUCAAAUGAAAUUUCUAAUUACAUGGGGAAGUUCUAAUUAGUCUCCUAGAAAUAAUCAACAUUUAUACCGUGUAUUCCAUCCUAGUACAUUACUUCGGAUCUGCAGCAUCCAGACAUACCCCAGUCUGUCAACCGAACAAAUUCAAUUGCACAAUAAAAACAUCCUCUCUUGUUGCAUGUCUGCUACUAAGUAUUUACAAUUUGUAAAAUGGAUUCACUUUAUCCAGAUUAGAUCUACUUUUCAAAAACAGUUCCCCAUGAGCUUCAGCAGGCUCUUUGCUGGUUCAUGUAUCUGAAGUGCGAUAACUCAAAGAACAGAUCUAAUAAUAAACUUUCAGUUCCCUUU